GCGACUGUCGAUAAAGCGAUCGCAACUCGAUAGGUUGCUAGAAAAGGGAAAAUCGCGAUCCAAGUUGUUGCGUCCAGUGAAGGCCUUAGAGGCGCGUUAGGAAAAACCACUCGGCUAGUAGCUUGAGUGAGUUGGAUGUGGUUGCAAGUGCAGCGCAAAGUUAGAAGUUAGUUUCGAACUUACAUGGAAGUGAAUGAUGGCGAGCGUCGUUGAGAUGGAGGAUGUUGCUGCGCAGCGGAAGCUGUUGGACCACAUGGUGCUCGAGUUUAGGAAUAUUUCCUACAAAGGGGUGGUGAAAGGUGACAAACGUAAAACUAUUCUGGAGAAUGUUUCCGGCAGGUUCUCACCUGGAAGGCUUGUGGCUAUUCUUGGACCCUCCGGUGCUGGGAAAUCCUCCUUGUUAAACAUUCUAUCCGGAUUCAAAAAAAAUGGGGUCAUCGGAUCGGUAACAAUAAACGGCGAAACGAUGAGCGACGAAUCGUUUCGAAACAAAUGCGUCUACAUCUCCCAGGACUACGACCUGAUGGAUCACCUGACAGUGAGAGAAAUCAUGGACUACGCUGCAGAGUUGAAAAUGCCCAUCUCCAGCUCUCGAAUGGUGCGAAUCAAGAAAGUGAACGACAUCCUGGACAUUCUCGGCCUGCAUCAAAGCAUGUCCACCCUAGUGAAGAACUUGUCCGGAGGGGAAAAGAAACGACUAUCGAUCGGUAUGGAAUUGAUUACAAAUCCGCCAAUUAUCCUACUGGACGAACCGACCAGUGGAUUGGACAGCGUCUCGGCAAUGCAAUUAGUGACUUACAUCAAAACCCUGGCGCAGGAAGGGCGCACGAUUGUCAGUGUGAUUCACCAACCGGCUUCCAGUUUGUUUCAACUGUUCGACGAUGUGUUUCUGCUGUCGGACGGAAAGUGCAUCUACAGUGGACCGAUUCGCGAUCUUGUGGCCAGUUUGGCCGAAGCCGGGUUCCACUGUCCGAAGUAUUAUAAUCGAGCGGAUUUCGCCCUGGAAAUAGCAUCCAUGUCGAGCUGCCCGGGAAUCGAGCUGCUAACCUUAAAGUUCAACAACGGAGAUGCCCAGGGGAAGAAAUCCAUCGGUGACGAAGUUAAUUACCGAAACAGCGUUCUUGCUCCGUACCGCAACACUUGCCUAACCAGGAAGUCAUCGAAAUCACGCUACCCAGUUCCCCAGUGGAAGCAAUUCUCCGUCCUGUUGCGACGAUCGCUGCGAUCCACCGCUAGAGAUUUUUUCUUUGCUCAACUCCGAGUUAUUGCUCACAUCGUAGUCGGAGUCCUGCUGGGAGUGGUUUUCUACAAUACUGGAAAGGAUGCGUCCACAAUCAUGACCAACUCCGCCGGACUGUUUUUCUUCCACAUAUUCAUCUUUUUUGGAAACUCUAUGCCGUGUACAGUCACAUUCCCAUCGGAGGCGAAGAUCUUCGUCCGAGAACAUCUCAACAACUGGUACUCUCUAGAAGCUUACUACCUGGCUAAAUUCGUUGCCGACAUUCCAUUGCAGCUCAUCUGCCCAACGCUUUUCGUAGUAAUCGGGUACUUCCUGACCGGUCAACCGAUGGAACCGAUGCGGUUCGGGAUGUUCUGGGCCAUGUGUCUACUGCUGGGAAUCUUUGCUCAAACGGUUGGACUUCUCUCUGGGGCGGCAUUCGAUUUCCAGAUGGCGACGUUCUUCGUGCCCAGUUUGAGUAUUCCGGCGAUGCUGUUCUCGGGAUACUUCAUCAAGUCGUACGAGAUGCUGGAAUUUUUACAACCAGUGUCUUAUACGUCGUUCUUCAGAUACACGAUGCAGGGCUCGUUGCAGGCAAUCUACGGGUACAAUCGUACGGAUUUCCCUUGCUCACAGAUCAUGUGCUACUACAACAGGCCGACCAAAUUUUUGAAGUUCAUGGAUACCCCGGAAACGGGGUUCGAAAUUAAUGUUUAUGUAAUGUUGGGAUUCAUUGCUCUCUUCCAGGUGGUAUUAUACAUAUGUUUAAGAAGACGGUUGAAGAUCUUUCAAUAAAUGUUGAGACUUUCAGUUUAA